AUGGUACCUACUCAUACCUGUAAAUGUGCCUUGAUGUCCAGUGACAUCCCUCCAAAUGGCAAUGGCAGGAACAAGGCUGUGAAAAUAGUCAAAGACGCUGUUGCGCACUCCGGGGCAGCUUACGCAGAGGUGCAAGUGCUGGACUCAAAGGCACUGGACCCCAGCAGCACACAGCACUGUGUCCAGAUGUUAGACUGGUUUGAGUACCAGGGCCAUGUCUGCAUCGUUUUUGGGCUGCUACGGCUCAGCACUUACAACUUCCUCAAAGAGAAUUGCUCUCUGCCCUUCAGGCUGGAACACAUCAGGCACAUGGCCUAUCAGAUCUGCAAAGCUGUCAGCUAUAAGCAGGUUUUGCAUGUGGACAAGUUGACACACACAGAUCUGAAUCCAGAAAACAUCUUACUCGCCUCCUCCGACUAUACAGGAGUACAACUCCAGCCUGAAAUGUGUGGUGUGCAGACUGAAAUGCCCAGACAUCAAAGCAGUGGAGUUCGGAAGCACGGUGCUUGUCCAUGA